CUGUUCCCAGAGAGCAGAUAGUGGCUGCACCUGCUCCCGGUUGGACUCUUUAUUCACGCCACCUGCAUCUACUGGAACAACUGCACCAUGGCACUCAACUGUACAGACAUAGAUGACGUUUUGGAGAAAUACUACCUCUCACCCACCUAUGCAUUUCAGUUCUGCGUUGGCUUUCCAGGCAACCUUUUGGUCAUUCUUGGUUAUAUAUUUUUUUUGCCAGAGUGGCAGAGUUGCAAUAUUUACCUCUUCAACCUGGCAGUGUCGGACCUUGUUUUCCUCUGCACACUUCCCCGCCUCUCGUACCUGUAUGCAAACGACCAAUCAGAAACCAAUCCCAUGGCUUGCAUUGCCAACCGCUACAUCCUGCACGUCAAUCUUUACUCCUCAAUCCUCUUCAUGGUCUGGCUCAGCAUGGAUCGCUACCUGCUCAUAAAGCAUCCCACGAAAAACCACCGCCUGCUGAAGCGACGGGCGGCCCUGACCAUAACGAUCCUGAGCUGGGUCGCCGUCAAUCUGGAGAUCACCCCAAUGAUAGGACUGAUGAUUCAGGACCUACAGAGCGGGAAUUUUACUCGCUGCAAAGACUUUGCGAGCUUAAAAGGCGAUAUCGUCGAUGUAUUAGGCUACAGCUUUUGCCUGACCUUGACUGGUUACCUGCUCCCUCUGCUUGGGCUUUGCGUGUUUUCCCAUCGAAUUGCACACCUGCUCAACGUUCAGGAGCGAGCUCUGCAGCGCAGGACGUCGUCGUACAAGCGACCUCUCCGGGUGGCGGUGUCAGCUGCGGCCAUGUUUCUGAUUCUCUACACCCCUUACCAUGUGAUGAGGAACGUGAGAAUCGCGUCUCAGCAGCCCUGGGCAGGACUGCAGCUGUGCACGAAGACGUACAUAGAAAUCCUCUACAUAUUUACUCGACCACUGGCGUUCCUGCACAGCGUCUUGAACCCGCUCUUCUACUUUCUCAUAGGAGACAAGUUCAGAGAUCUCCUGCUCUCUCGUCUCCGAAAAUUAUUCAGAAAAAAAGAACUCCAACAAGAACCAGCUUGACAAGAAAUUGCCACGAGACUUUUAUCAGUGCUGUACUAAAAGCACAUGUGAAUCUGCUUUUACAGAAAAAUGUGGGGUUUUUGGUCUGUAUUUUGUGGUUUGUUAUUAAUUUCCUUAUUUAAUAUGUCUCUCAUUCUCGACCAAAGAGGUUUCCAAAGUGUGUGUGGGGGACAAAGCUGGGAGACGCCAGAGAACUGCAGCCCAGGGAAAUGUUCAACAGAAAGGAACAAGGAACAGAAGGCUGAUAUUUAGGACUGAUAGUGAGAGUUAGUGAAAUGACAGUGGGACUAUUUUAUUUAUGAUCUGUACGAUCAUUCAUAAUUCAAAAAGAGGACUGGUUUGGAUGAUCUACUCAUUGUUGUUAAUAUUUUUUAAUUUGAAACUUUUUGUAAGAGUAAAGUAAUAAACAAGCUAAAGGUACAAGAAAGUCCAAUGCAAUUUAUAGUACUUUGGCACAUUAAUAAUAAUUUUCUAUUUGUCAUGAUAGAGCAUUUGCUUCAUUUAUUAAGUGCCCAGAUGAGGAGAUAAAAUCAUGUUGUUACAUUUUUAAAGAUACAGAUAUAGAAGAGAGUUGAGUAAGGUUAUAUUCAGGAAAAGAGAAAUACCACAUACUGUUGAAAACUUACUUACAAUGACAAUGAUUGAAACUAGAAAUGCAUUGUUUCACAUUGUUACUACAACAGGAAUGUUUAUUUACCGCAAUGAUAUUUCACCUUUUUAACUUUUCGGUCUUGUGACAAAGGGCAAAAGGAAAGAUCUUUAAGUUGCCUGCAGGAACUGCUCAGCCGCAAUAGUUACAUUUCUGAAUGAUUAUUCAAUCUGUUUGGCUUAGAUCUUUGCUGAGGUGAGCUGGAAGUUUGGCUGCAUAAAGUGAUAAAGUGAGAUGCUGAAUAUCCAACAUCAACUCUGCGUGUGCGUCUCCUGUAUCGACAAAACAAUUCACUCCGCUUUCACCCCAUGUAAUCUGAGAUGUGGAAUUUCUGGAUAUUUCUUUGAAUAUCUGCACCUUAUUUGCCUCUCUGUAGUCAGCAGCUAAAAAUCUCUCCUAUCUGCACAUUUUGAAAUAGAAUGUCCUCGACAAACACAGAAAAGAGGAAUGUUUAUUAUUCUUCACACGUACAACAAGAGGAGCCUUUAUCUCUGUUGAAAAUCGGUCAAGGCAAACAGUGUCAUGAUUUGCUCUCUGUUGUCUUUGUUUUUCGUGGACUUAAGUGUUCCCAGCGUGCUGAGUUGCGGAGCACCAUACGUUUUGACCUUUUCAACUGAGUCAUCAGCAGGUUUUUUUUUUUUUUUUUUUUUUUUUCUUAAUGUUCAUUUUGAGAAGAGUUUUUCCAAAAAGGUUUGUUUUAUUUCCCAAGUAUAGUAUCCGGACUUCAGCCAAGACUGUUACAUGAGUGAAUGAAUUACAGAGAAAAGAGGAAUAAAGGGUCUGGAUUAGCUCAGCGGUUCAGCAAUUCAUCACUGUCAGUGCGGUAUAUUGUGCAUGUCAUCUGCUUUGUGUAAAUGUGUACUUCUGGCAAAUACAUGUCGGCUUUAAAAAUGUCAGCGUGAGAGUACCUAUCCAAAAUGUUUUACGCAGCAUUAACUAAAUUUCUGUUUAAUCCUUUGGUUUUUCACAUGUGGAAACAAGACAUGGAAUUUAAAAAAAAAAAGACUUCAUCAGUUCGUCUUGUCUUGCUGC